AGUUAAGUUAAAUGAUAGAAAAAUCAAAAUGUCAAUUACCUGCUAUGAACUAUAAAUCUAUUCAAGGUUUUCAAUCCACAUUCAAACAAGAAAAGCUCCAUCUAGAUCAUUUUAAAAAUCUGAUAGAAGAAUUUUUAAACUUUAUUCUAAUUCUGGCAGUAGGACAUACCAAUAAAUUUUUUUGUGACAUUAAUAAAGAAUGUUUGGGUAAAAAUUGUGUAAGGAUAUUUGUUCUCGAGGCUGGACAACAGCGAGCGAGGCAAAUGGAGGCCGGCGGGUUAGAUUCCGGCGGUCGCCAGUUCAAGAACGCCAAAGAGAUGUGGAGAGAAGAGAUCGGAGAAGAAGGAGACCUCCAAAAGAGGGCCGACUGGUACCGUGAGGGUGUUGGCUACUGGCAAGAUGUGGAGGCAACUUUGGAUGGGGUAUUGGGUGGAUAUGGGCUUGUAAAUGAGGCUGAUAUCAAGGGCAGCGAAGCUUUUCUCAAAACCCUGUUGUCCGAGCGCGUUGCGAACGGUGGAAGAAGCCAGCAUUUGGUCGCUCUAGAUUGUGGUUCUGGCAUUGGGAGAGUAACGAAAAAUCUUCUUGUUAAAUAUUUUAAUGAGGUAGAUCUUGUUGAGCCUGUAUCACAUUUCUUGGAUGCUGCCCGUGAAAGUUUGGCACCUGAAAGGCUCAUGGUCCCAGAUUUGCACAAAGCUGCAAAUUUUUUCUGUCUACCACUUCAGGAAUUCACUCCAGAGACAGGAAGGUAUGAUGUCAUAUGGAUUCAAUGGUGCAUUGGGCAGCUUGCAGAUGAUGACUUUGUGUCAUUCUUCAAGAGAGCAAAGGCUGGCCUGAAGCCUGGUGGUUUCUUUGUUUUGAAGGAGAACAUUGCAAGAACGGGAUUCGUGCUGGACAAGGAAGACCGAAGCAUUACCAGGUCUGAUACGUACUUCAAAGAACUCUUUAGUCGGUGUGGACUUCAUCUCUACAAAUCAAAGGAUCAGAAGGAGUUUCCUAAGGAAUUAUUUGCAGUUAAUAUGUAUGCACUGACUACUGAGAGGCCAAAAAGAGCCAACGGGGCCAGUGGCAAAGUGCAUGCUAAUAGACCUGCUGUCAUCAAGUAAGAAUCCUUUUCUGGACUCCGGACGUUGCUGCAGAGUAGCAGUCAAGGAGGCAUUUUCUAGGUAUAGUUGGGGGUGAGGACAAACAUGAUCAUAGGUUGCAUAUGCCUACCAAUGAGGUGUCAUUCUGCCUAUACCGCAUUUGGUCCUCCCAAUUUUGCUGCAUCUAUUUACAUGUAAUUUUUGAAUUUUGCGAUUUUCUCUUGGCACCUGAAAUGGGUGUUCCGUGAGUGUAAUCCCUUUUGCUCUCUUGCAUCUCAGAGGUUGUAGAAUGUUUUCCUUUUCCCCUGCUAGGCUUUCUAAAUUAUUUUGAGGUUGUCUUUGUAGCACAAAUUUCGUACCUUGAAUUUUAAUUUGUAAGAGUUUGCUAAAUUGUGUUACUCAGAUUUACUCAAAUUUAAAUUUAUGGUCUGAAUUCCAUAGUUUAACCAA